UGUAAUUUAAUUAGUUCUGGACUUCAUCUAUAAAAAGGGCCGGUAUCGUUAUUCAUGUUUCUUCACACAGGUAACGCUGAGAUAUCUUGAAUCCGAAAGAAAAAAUGUUUAACGCCGGUGGAGUUGUGAUGAUGGUGGCGGCGGCUGCGCUAGUGGCGGCUUCAGUUGCAAAUGCCGAGCAAGGAACUGCUACUUUCUACACCGCUCCUUAUGUUCCCUCAUCCUGCCAUGGCUACUCGAACGACGGGGUGAUGAUCGCGGCGGCGAGUGACGCCAUCUGGGACAAAAGAGCGGCGUGCGACAGAAAGUAUAAAGUUAGAUGCAGUGGCGCUACUAACAAAGGCGACCCCCACCCUUGCACCGGCCGAACCGUCGUCGUUAAAAUUGUGGACUACUGCCCAGCCGGCUGCCGCGGCACCAUCGAUCUCUCUCAAGAAGCAUUUGCCAUUAUUGCCAAUCCCGACGCCGGCAAAGUCAACAUUCAGUUUUAUCAGGUUUGAAAUGUUUACCCAUGGGAAGAUGUACUAAGAGGCUCUUGGGUUGUUGGAGCUACGAAUAAAAUAGAAAUAGAAAUACGUGAUGUCAAAAAUAUGCAUGUCUGUGCAUGGAAUUAGCUAUCUGUGGCGUGACUUAUGUUGUGUAUUUCUGUGAUUCGAAUCUCACGUAGAUGCCAUUUCUAAGAUUUUAAUUAUUAGCCCAUGUUUUAUGUAUUAUAUUUAUACUA